AAUGUCUCAUGGCCAUCCAUCUUCUAAUAUUUGUAUUGAUCAUUUUUACCCUAUAGAAGAGGAAAAUACAAAUGUUAAUAAAUAUUCUACUUCUCAUCAAAUAUGCAAAUAUUGUAAUAAGGAUGUUGUAGACUUAAUUGAUUGCUUAAAAGAUCAUUUGAAUAAAUGUAGUUUUUUUUCUUAUAAACUUCAGGAAUCAACAGACUUAGCUACUAAUAAUGCUUAUUCUCAAGAAUGUAAAUAUUUAGAAAAUAAACUUGAAAAUAUUAAUAAUAUUUCACUUGUAUCUGAUGGAUGUAUAUAA